AUGUCCUGCCUGCCAGGCCCAGGCUGACCGCACCGCACCGUCUGCACGAGAGGAGCCUACCGAGCCACAGCCCACAGCCAGCACCCGCGGGUGCUCACGCGACUGCACGAGCUAGCCUUCGGCAACUGAUCGGUCUCACACGGCGCCAUUGGAGAGAGGCGAGGGAGGAUAGCAUCAGAGGAAGAGUCAGAGACAGACAGAGCAGCGGGGAUGGUGGUGCAGAAGCAGAGGAGGGUGCCGGCCGAGGUGUUCUGGCCUAAGGUCGUGCUCAAGAAGUGGCUCAACCUCAAGAGCAAGGACCUGGACUUGGGCGCCUCCUUGGCCGCCGAUUACGACGACGACGACGACGGUAGCGACGUUGACGGCCAAGAGAACUGCGGCUGUGACGACGGCGGCGGCGGCGGCGGCGCUCGCAGGCCGGACGAUGACGGCGACGGCGCCCAGAUCACCGACGAUAGCCUGGAGAGCGCGCCGUACAAGCUGCGGCGGCGGAACUCGGAGACGCUGCGCGCGCAGUACAUCAACACCAAAGAGCUGAGGGUCUGCGUCGGCACCUGGAACGCCGGCGGCAAGGCGCCGCCGAACGACCUCGACAUCGCCGAGUGGCUCGGCACUGGCGGCGACGCCGAGCCCGCCGACAUCUACGUGCUCGGGUUCCAGGAAGUGGUGCCGCUGAACGCCAGCAACGUGUUCGGCGCGGAGGACGGGCGGCCGGCGCGGGCGUGGGAGUCCGUGAUCCGCGGCGCGCUGCGGCAGGCGCAGCCGCCGGCGCCCAGGUACAGGUGCUACAGCCACCCUCCCUCGCCGUCGCGGUUCGAGCCCCCGAUCGGUGCCGCCGAAGAGCUCCUCCCCGGCGGCACGGACACCGAGACCGACACCGACGAGGACGUGCCCUUGGGCGACCCCGUCGCGGCAGCCACUCCGACCCCGAGAAAGCUGAGCAGGCUCAACCACUUCAGCGUCGUCGUGGGCGAGAACGAGAACGGCUCAUCGGAGCUCAACGGCGACGAACUGGACGACGGGCCUGACCAGCCGCCGCAGCAGCUAAGCCUUCAGCAGCGGGCGCUGCUGAGGUCCCUGAGCCGGGCGGACAGGGUAGGGGUGCUCUGGCCGGAGCAGCCGCUGGACCUACUCCCCGCGUCGUCGGCGUCGGCGUCGGCGUCAGCGUCGUUCAGGGCGUCCAAGUCGUUCAGCCGGGCCGCCUACAGGUCGUCGUUCAGGGGGUCGUCCCGCGUGGCGGCCGACGUGGUGGAUGACCUGCCCAUGAUCCCGGACCUCGACCUGGACGGCGCGCUGCGGAAGAAGGGCCGGUCGCCGUUCGUGCGCAUCGUGAGCAAGCAGAUGGUGGGGAUCUUCCUGACGGUGUGGGUGCGGCGGGGCCUCCGGAAGUGCGUGCAGAGCCUCAAGGUCUCCACCGUCGGCGUCGGCGCCAUGGGCUACAUCGGCAACAAGGGGGCCGUGUCGGUGAGCAUGUCCGUGUACCAGACCAUGUUCUGCUUCGUGUGCAGCCACCUCGCCGCCGGCGAGAAGCCCGGCGACGUCCACAAGCGCAACGCCGACGUGCACGAGAUCCACCGCCGCACGCGCUUCGCCGCCCCGGGCGACCUGCAGCUGCCCAGAAACAUCCACGACCACGACCGGAUCUUCUGGCUGGGCGAUCUGAACUACCGGCUGGACGCGUCGUACGAGCGAGCGCACGAGCUGAUCUCGGCGGGAAGCUGGCGCGAGCUGGCCGAGACGGACCAGCUGAAGCGGGAGCUGAGGAAGGGGCGGGCGUUCGACGGGUGGACGGAGGGCGUCCUGGAGUUCGCGCCGACGUACAAGUACGAGCUCGGCUCGAGGAGGUACGUCGGCGUCGGGGACCACCAGGGCCAGAGCCAGAGCCAGAGGGGCGGCGGGCGGCGGACGCCGGCGUGGUGCGACCGGGUGCUGUCGUACGGCAAGGGGCUGAGGCUGCUGGGCUACCGGCGGUCGGAGCUGGCGCUGUCGGACCACCGUCCGGUGACGGCCACGUACGCGGCGGAGGUGGAGGUGUUCUCCAGCCGGAAGCUGCAGAGGGCGCUGACGCUCACGGACGCCGAGGUGGAGGGCGGGCAGGUCGUGCCGGACCUCGAUUUUUGACCGGGGGUCAGCCUUCCUUCUAUUUUCGCGGGAAAAAUGUUAGUUUUAAAUGUAAAUAUGGGUACUGAGUAAGAGUGAGCUCAAUGAGCUUCUGAAUGCAUUGGCAGAUCGAUGUAUCAUCUCCAUUUAAUCAUGAAUGAAUAGUGUGCCUCAAAAGACCAAUUGUCGCCAA